AUGCCGUCUUCAAGGUUCUCCGGUCUAGAAGUGCCUAUCGAGCCGUUGAAUGCACCAACACCCGGUCGUGAUGGCUACGACGGCCUCAAUCCACAUACAGAGACCCUACCCGCCGGCUGGAAACAUCCCCAUCCAGACGCGCGCCCAUUGCCCUCCGCCAUCCUACUAGAGCACGACGUCGCUAUCAAAGUCAGAGACGGAACGACACUCUACGCAGACGUACUGCGCCCGCCAAACACCACAGAGAAAGUGCCUGCGCUAAUAUGCUGGUCCCCCUUUGGCAAGAAGUUCAACGGUCUCACGUCGCUGGGCUACAUGACGCCAUGGAACCUCGGCAUCCCGUCUGGCACCCUCUCCGGCCUGGAAAAGUUCGAGGCGCCUGACCCGGCGGACUGGGUUCCCCGCGGCUACGCCAUCGUCAACAUCGACACGCGCGGUGCCUUUGACAGUGGCGACGAGAACACACCAAUGGUCAUCAUGGGCGGCCAAGAAGCCGAAGACGGGUACGAUGCCAUCGAGGCCGUGGCGGCGAUGUCCUGGUGUAGCGGUAGCGUCGGACUCGCAGGGAAUUCGCACCUCGCAAUCGCGCAGUGGUUCAUCGCGGCGCUGCGACCGCCGAGCUUGAAGGCCAUUGCGCCGUGGGAAGGAUGCGGAGACUUGUACCGCGAGCAGUUUGCGCGGGGAGGCGUGUACGCUGGCGACUUAUUUGAUGAGUUGAUUAUCAAGCAUAUGCUGAAAGGCCGCGGCGGUAUCGAGAGCUUUCGCGAGAUGUACGCGCGGCAUCCGCUUGCUAACGCGUGGUGGAACGACAAGAGGCCAGAUAUGAAGCAGAUUAAUGUGCCAACGUAUAUUACGGGCACAUGGACGAACACUAUGCACGGUAUGGGUGCCAUCCGGGCCUGGUUGGAGGUGCAGUCGAAGGAGAAGUGGUUGAGAUGGCAUCCGUGGCAGGAGUGGUUUGACCUUUGGGGUAACUCUGAGGCCAAAGAUGAGUUGUUUGCGUUCUUUGACCGGUACCUCAAGGGCGUCGAUAACGGGUGGGAGAAGACGCCCAAGGUGAGGAUGUCUCUGCUGCGGUUUGGCGAGAAAACUCCCCAGGCGAUUGAGAAUAUUGUUGAGGAGGAUUUCCCGCCGGCGCGAACGCAGUACAAGGAGUUUUUUCUUGGCACGGAGGAGACGCUCAUCUCCACUACUGCGCCAGAGACGAAGACGACGGUCAGCUACGACUCCGAGUCUGGCGGAAACGUCAGCUUUACUCAUACCUUUCUCGAAACUACCAACAUCAUGGGCCUACCCAAAGCCGUGCUGUACAUGUCUUGCCCAGAUCACGACGACAUGGAUGUGUACGUUAUGAUUCAGAAGCUCGACAAAGAUGGGAAGCAGAUGAAGAACCUUAACAUUCCAUGGAAGGGCAUACCCGUGAACUCGUUCCAGGAAUUCAAGCCGGAGCAAGAGACGGAAGUCGUGCUGUACAAGGGCCCUGUGGGCAUCCUCCGGGCUUCUCAUCGAGCCAUCGAUGAGACCAGGAGCAUGCACCCACACUGGCCGUUCCACCCGCACGAGAAGGAGGAGAAGAUUACGCCUGGCGAGGUAGUCAGGCUGGACAUUGGAAUUUGGGCGCUCGGGGUUGAAUACGAGGCCGGCGAGAGUCUGCGGGUUGUCGUUAGUGGACAGAGCUUUGCCUCUUGCGCGGACUCAAUCGCGCGACCGCGAGAGGUCACUACCCUCUCCGGUCUACCCACGUCCAACUUCGAGAUCAAGUACAAGUACCAGUGCAACCCGACGGACCCCUCGAAGCGCAAAUACUCUUGCACUCCGUCGAUGGUGACCUCUCGGCCUGGAUCUGCUGUGUCAAGAGACCGGUUCUCUGAUUCUGGAAGGCAGAGCGCUGCAUCCACCUAUCUCCAGGACAAACUCCAGAGGAGAAGAGAGGAGGCCGACAGGUUGGCCGCGGUACGGUCAACGCAGGACAUGGCCGCCUCCGUAGAAUUACCACCACGACAUGCGCAAAGUUCACCCGUGAAAGGCGAGUCCGUUGAUGGACGUCGGCCGAGAUCAAGUGGAGGCAAUGGAGAAUCUACAAAGAAUAAAGGCAUGGGCGCCAAGGAGAUGGAGGCAACUGUUUCCACCUUGCACAAGCAAAACUUUGACCUGAAGCUCGAGCUCUUCCACCGCCGCGAACGACAAAAUGCGCUCGAAGAGCGUGUCGACGCCCUCGAGUCCGAGAAAGCACAAAUAGACGAUGUGAACGACAAGCUACUCGACGAGUUGGAGAAGCGAGACAAGGCUGUGCAGGAGGCGGUCCAGAUGAUAGUGACUCUUGAGGCCCAGGUCGAGACGCUAUUAAAGGAGCGGGAAAUGGUUCGAAUGGUCGACGCAGCCGGUUUCCUACAUCCCGACGACCUCGAAUCUCGCCUUAGAAGCCCCACGCCCAAGCCUAGAAUAGCGGACCUGGCACGACUUGAAGAUGAUGCUAAGACGCUCAACCGCAUGCCGAGUUUUCUAUCGGACUAUACCGAAAAUACCGAGAACCUACGAAAAGUCUACCUCAGCUCGCGCGGUAGCGUACUCAGCUUACCGAGGCUCAACACGGAGGCAGUGGAUGAGACGGAUCCACGUCGUGGUAAUGGCAUGACGAGCCCGAGCCUCAGCGUCCUCAGUGAAAGUUCCUUUGUAAGUGUGUAUGGCGAGAAAGAGGACCAGGAUCAAACAAUUGUGGCCGAUGCAGACGAGCCACACUCUAUGGAUGGUGCUUUACCACACUCCGCGCCACCUCGGAAGGCUUCGUACGGCAGCGACCAGUCUAGGAUCCAAAGACCACCGACCACCAUGUCGACACGAUCCAGUCGCCCAAGUAGGUCCAGUUCAACUAGUCGGGCUCCUGGUCCAGGCCAGUUCCAGUCGCUCCACGACAUCAUCGACCACACCUCGCCCCUCCAAAAGCUAGCGAGGCUCGAUCAUACCUAUCUGGACAGUCUGCCCGUUCAAGACUCUUCCCCGAUGGCAGGAAGAGGGCAGUCGCAGAAGCAGACUAAGGACGCGAAGCGCGAAGCAUUGCGGAGAGUGACAACAGAUUCACCAGCUUCACACCCCGGCGAAGGCCUUCCUCCGACACCAGACACCAUUUCCACAUCAACGCUUCGAAGAUUCAAGACGUCGAAUGACACGCUCUCGAAGCAGCGAGCUGUGUCGGAUCAACAUAGCUAUCGCUCAGUGUCAAGGGGAACGUCCAAGGAUGAUGAGGGGGAUCACGGCGGAGGUGCACGGGUAUUCCAACAUCCCCCAUCCUCUGCAUUCACUGGACCCGAAGAGCCAGCCAGUGCCCAUUACUUCGACUCCCGGCCGCCUUUGAUCCCUCGCCCCAGAUCGGCAGAUGAAACUACGAUAUCGAAUCACAGAGAACUCGACUGGGACUCUGAUGGAGAUUCGAUGCACUCCCUCGACUCUAGCCUCGACAUUUGGCUACAGCAAGGCAAGGACCCAAAGUUCAUUGCACAGCAGCGGAGUGAGUCUCCGGACCUAUUCAGCUUUCCUCCGUCCGGCGGAUGGAACACAGCUGGCAUGUUCGGUUCUUCUGGUGGUGCAUUUGAGGUCCCAGGUCUCCCUCCGCCGCAACGUAAUACGGCCGAGGAUGCCCUCUUCCAAGACGGGGUUCAGCCCCUGCCUCCGCCUAAUAGGAGGUCGAGUUUGGGUGCUAAAACAGGCCAGACCUCGUCAAAGAACAUGCCCAUUAACGGCAAACUUCGCAAGUCACCAUCUCAAAGCGGAUCUAGGCGCAACAGUGUUGAUGCGCAAAUGAUCCAGCUGGCAGAGGCAGUGGCCAACAGCCCGCAGCAUGAUUCAAAGACUGGUGCUCGUUCCAAGGACAGCAGCCACUAUCCCCCUUCCUCGACUGCCGCGCCCCGUGGGCAUCGGUUGAACUUCUUCAAACGGUCCAUCGGAGGUAGCACCGCUCCGAGUCCUGUCCAGCAUGCGUCACCGGUAGCCGAGCCACCCGCACCAACUGCGCCCCAAGCCCCGAUGGGUGUCCCAUCAUGGGUGCAGCGAAAUCACCCGGGCGAGGAGGACAGGGCCAGCGCGACACCGCCUCCCAUUUUGCGAAACCCUCGUCCGGCUCGUUCUGGCAGCUUUGACGAGGGUGCGCCUGUGUAUGAUCACGGCCCUACAGCCCCGACUACACCCAUGGCAAACCAUGCCCCGAACACGCCGAACGUAAAUGGAACGCCUGGCUCCACAGAGACCACACCCACGAGCAACUCUGCGAGUGGUGGCGCACCCUUGCACAAGCGGAAAUGGUUACCUGGCUUUGGUCGGGCGAGCAGUCUACGGAAUCGUGCUGGCUGA